AUGAUUUCGUUGAAGAAGUUGUAUGGUGACGAGCUUCUGCGUCUCGCGCUAGUCUUAAGCCUCUUAAAGGUGGACCCGAACGAUUACCUGGAGAGGGAGACCCAGCAGAUGAUCACUGGUCUCCACAUAUCCAAUAGCUCAGAUUGGUCUUUAGACCAAGAAGCUCGAACGCUAAUAAGACCAAGAUUUGUCCAUCCAAAAUCUCUGGACAACAUUCUGAUAAAUUAUGAACGUGAAUUGUUCGAAGAACUGAAUUCACUCGGACGGUAUGGAAAUUCUUAUUUAGAAUAUAAUGACCGGAUAUGGCAUAAUAGACCAGUGCUUCAUACAUAUUUAGUAAAUAACGUGGCGACCGACACAGUCGCGCCUGUGCUGGCAACGGCGACAGUCGCCGAAAAUACCGAAGACUCGGUUUCAGCAGACGAUAAUGUAGCUCAGGAGGUCAAAGUUGAAGAGGAAGAGGUUAAUCAUGAGGAAGAAAACCAACCUGACGCUAUUGUGACACUGUCAUCUGAUUUUCUCAGCAACCAUACCGAGUCUGAUAUAUUUGCUGAAAUAGCAUCCAGAUCCUUCGACGUCAACGAGUUUUUAGUCCAACCGUCCGAGAUGCAGAUCAAGACUGAAGAAGAAGACCCAGACUUCGAAGUGCGGGUUAAAAAAGAGGAGGAAAAUGAAGACUUGUACAGUGAUAAUGCCAUCGAUUUUAUGCCGUAUUUUAACACGAAAACUGAACUGGAUCUUGGUGAAAGUCACUCUGUAUUUGAGCAAAAUUUAGCUGAUUUGCAAGAAUAUGGAGAAGAGAAUGCUAAAGAAUUGAAGAACGACCUUGAAUAUUUGGAUGGGAAGCAACAGCCACAGAACUUGGAGCAGUAUCUGAUGGAGAACACGCCAUUAGAUGCUGAAGUCUACGAACUAGCGCCAAUGUUUGAAGAGGAGUUAGUGUUAAAUGUGAAGCGUGAAAGAGCUAGCACUAGUUUCACGGCUAGCUCUAGUGGUGUGAGUGAUAUGGACUUGUCUAACGACAGUCCUGAUGUCAAGAUGGAGCCUGAUGAAGGCCAUCACACGGGAGAUGAGCUGACUCAAGAGGACAUGGACUUGAUCGAGGUGCUAUGGAAGCAGGACGUGGAUAUGGGUUUCUCCCUGGAGGAUCCUAUGCAGCCGAAGGGUCCAGCGGCUACGAAGGUGCUAGGCGAUGAGAUCGACAAGGAGCUAAAGCUGGCAGAAGAGAAGAUCGUGAAGAAGAAAGAGGAGAAUGCGGAAAUCGAGAAGGUCAAAGCUUCGCUAUUGGAUCCUGAGAAAGAGGAUGACCCCUGGGCUGGAUUGUCGUAUACCGUUGACACCGAAACUGGCGAGUACGUGAUCCAGGGAGACCUACCGAGGGAGUUAGUGAGCAGUGAGGAAACGAGAUUUGACCUGCUUGAAGAAGCACUCCAGCUUGUUGAGCUCGGAGACGAGGCGGAGACGAAGGAUGAACCGCCUGAGGCGAUAGAGGGCAGCAGCAGCGGCGAGAUGCUUCACCCGGCGAUGCGGCAUGUGCCGCAUCACCCCCUGGCCCACUACCACAACCAGUCGUUGAUGCGCUCUAUGUCAGUUGAGCAGCGGUGGCAGGACCUGGCCUCUCUUCUGACUAUCCCGCCCCCACCACCACCGGACCAGUACCAACAUUAUCACCAUCACCAUCAUCAGCACCCGCAUAAUAUUACGGCACAUGGCGCGGCUGGUGGUUACCCCCCUAACUACCACGCCGCCAUCCCGGCGCCUGUUCCAGAGAAACACCCAGACGCUUAUGCUGGAGCGGCCGCGCCACUAGAUGGCGCUUACAAAGUUGAGUCGGCGCAGCAUCCUCAGCCGCACGAUGGUCUCUAUUAUCAGAACUCUUCAAGCGAGAUGCCGCCAGGUCCAACAAACCAGGACGGUUUCCUGCAGUCCAUUUUGAAUGAUGAGGACCUGCAGCUCAUGGAUAUGGCUAUGAACGAAGGCAUGUACACAAUGCGGAUGCUGGAUGGAGCGGGGCCCCAUCACCCCCCACAUCACAACCAUACUCACAUGAUGAUGACAGAACGUGAUUCAGCAUCUGAUAGUGCUGUGUCUUCUAUGGGGUCCGAGAGGGUCCCCUCCCUCUCGGACGGCGAAUGGUGCGAUGGCAGUGACUCCGCUCAGGAAUUUCACAGUUCAAAGUUUCGUCCGUACGAUGCGUCGUAUGGACGCGACCGCGCCACCGUGCCCCACCAACCGCAGAAGAAACACCACAUGUUCGGGAAACGAUGCUUCCAGGAGCAACCCCCAGCGCCCCCCAUGGAGCCGGUGGCGCGCCCCGGCGUCGUCAAGUACGAGUGCCCCGAACAGACCUAUCACCACGAUAAUAUACACAUGCAUAAUGUAGAGUUCGGCCCCCGCCACCAACUGCCGCCUCCCCAAGUGACCAGCCUCCAACCACCCCUAGAUCUCAACACAGCACAUUCCAGCCACGCCUUACUGCAGAGCUCGGUGGGCGCGGGUGCGCGCUUCCCGUACGCGCCGGCGGAGCGCGUGCGCCACAACCACACCUACAGCGCGCCGCUCGCCGCGCCCGACCAGCGCCCCGCCGCCGCGCGCGACAAGAGAGUGAGAAGAUUGACAGAUGGCAGCGUGUCUGAUGGAGGUUCCUCCGCAACGAGCAGUGGACAGCAUCUCUCGCGGGACGAGAAGAGGGCGAAGGCGUUAGGUGUGUGUAUACCACUAGAAGUUCACGAUAUAAUUAACUUACCGAUGGACGAGUUCAACGAGCGAUUGUCCAAGCACGACCUGAGCGAAGCCCAACUGUCACUUAUCAGAGACAUCCGACGACGAGGCAAGAACAAGGUGGCGGCUCAGAACUGCCGCAAACGCAAACUGGACCAGAUCACGUCCCUCGCCGACGAGGUCCGCACGGUCAGAGACAGGAAGCAGAGGACUCAGAGGGACCACUCGAACCUCUUGGCUGAGAGACAGCGGGUCAAGGAACGAUUCGCGGCACUCUACAGACACGUAUUCCAGAACCUUCGCGAUCCAGAAGGCAGACCAGUCUCCUCCCAGCAUUAUUCGUUGCAGCAGGCAGCUGAUGGGAACGUGGUCCUUGUACCGAAGAUGCCCCAACACCAAGAUCACCCAAUGAACCGCACAUCAGAUGACGACAUGGACAGAAAAGCGAAACACUAUGACCAGUGA